AUGGACGAAAACAUGACGGAUGCGACUAAGUCGCCGUCGCAGCCUUCGUCCGUGGACAUGACGUUUGUGGCCAAUUUUUUCGAUCUCGAUGAGGCAACUGUGCAGCAGCUACCUCACGGUCUGUCUCACAAGCUGGCGUCUCAGGCCCAGCAGUUCGAGCUUCUCAAGAGUGAAAAGAUGAUGGCGGAGGUGAAUUUUGAACAAUCGACACACAGUCUCAACUCGAAACUGAAGACUAUCAAAUCCCAACUUGCCCAGGCCAAGGAGAAUGAGGAUGAACUCUCUUCGGAGAUUGCAACUCUCAAGGCCGAGGCCAAGUCGUUCGAGGAGGCCAAAGAGUCCAUGGCCUCUGCUUCUGAGCGAUCAGGAGCAGUUGUCGAAAGCCUAAGAAGCGACAUUGCGCUACUCGAAAACGAAAAACGACGUCUUCUUGAGAGCCUGGAAUCUCGGGGAGGUGACUUUGUGUCUCUUCGUGCGGAUCUCGAGGCUGCACAGGCCAAGAACGGAGAACAUCGACGAGUGAUUGUGGAGCUGGAGGCACAGGUGCAGAAGGAACAUGCGGCAGUGCUGCAGGCGCGGUUCAAGGAGGAGCAGCUCAAGCAGGAGACACAGCAGCUCAAAAAGAGUAACGCAUGGUUGGACGAGGAGCUCAAGACCAAGCAGGAGGAACACAGCAGCUUUCGACGAGAUAAGGCACAGCUGGUGGCCCGGUUACAGGCCGAGGUGGAGCAGACGGCAGCCGAGCGAGAUGGCUUACGUGCUUCUCUUGACACGGCUCGAUCGAGCAACAACACCGUGUCUGCCAAGGUCGAUGAGCUAUUGACUCGAAACAAGCAGCUGCAGGAUGCAGCCGCGUUGGCUGAGGAGAAUUUCCGACGAGAAAUGUCUGCUCAAAAACGGCUGGCUGAGCUAUACGAGAAGUCAGCGUCAGAUGCCAAGGCUCGAGUCAACGAGCUGGAAAAUGGAGGAAACGUAAAGCUGCGAGCUGCAGUGGAAGAGGAGCGGGCCAAAAGUGCGUCUUUGGAGGCCAAACUGGAGGCGGUCGAGAAGCAGCUUCAGGAGAUUCAUGGAUCCUCGAGUACAUCUUCCUUUGCUAACGGCACACCUGCUCCUUCUACGCCUCUUCGGGGAGGUCUCAUUCCUGGCGGAGGAAAUGGUACUCCCUUUUCCCCGUCUGCCAAAAUUGUUUCCGAGCUCAACCGGGGUGGAAUCUCUCUUGUGCAACUCUACGCUGACUAUCAGGAUGUGUGCAAGCGUCUGGAAAAGGAGCGAAGCCGAAACGACGAGCUGCAGAGCGACUUUGACAGACUGCUGGAGGAAAUGGAACAACACACGCCUGCCAUUCUGGCUGAGCGAGACGAGUGUAAGCGUCUGGAGGGUGAACUGGUGCAGUUGAGUGUGCAGCUGCAGGAGGUGUCUGAGUCACGUGAAAAGCUGGCUGCAGGCACAGAAAAGGCCGAGGUAACUGCUAGAGACGGCCAGCGCGAGAUCAAGCUGUUACAGCAGCAACUUGGGGAUGCCUCUCGGCAGAUCCAGCAUCUGCUUGUUCAGCAGAAGAUGCGGGAGGGCAACUCUGGCCCUCUGACUGUGGCUGAGCGAGAAGCUCUCAAUGGCAUGCUUUCUGGCGAGCUGGACGUGUCUGAUACUGAUAAAGUCAUCAGUGAACGCCUUGUUGUGUUUGCUGAUAUCAUUGGCAUGCAGAAGCAGAAUGAGCGACUUCUUAAAAUCUCCAGGGAGCUUGGUCAGAAGCUGGAAGCUAAGGAGUCUGAAACUCGAGACAAGAUGGCCAACGUGGAGUCUGCAGCUAUACAGGAGGCGCACGAUGCUCUCGAAUCUGUUGUGGGCGACAUGGAGCGUCUUCAGAGCCGAUUCGAGGCUGUUUCGAGAGAACGAGACAUGUUCCGGCGUAUUGCUGGCGACAAGGAGAAUGGAGGAGUUGGUGCUAACAACAAUGCCGUCACUGUUACUUCUUCUUCUGCUUCUGACGGCUCUCUUGAGGCUGAGUGGAAUGCUUAUAGGACUGAAACUAACGCUACAAUCAAGUCUCUCAACACUCAGAUCACGUCUCUGUCUGAUGAGCGACAUAGUCUGCAGAUCAACCUGUCCAAGGCCGAGAGCCAGUGUGUUCUUCUUGGUGAGCGUCUUCAAAAUCUCAAAACGAACAGCGAGACUACUCGACAGGAGCGAGAACAGCUUCGACAGCGAGUUGAGCAGCUCCAAGAGGCCGCCACUCGACAAGAAAUUCGAACCCAGGCUGCCACAGAGGAUGUGGUGUCUGCCAGAUCUACCUGUGAUCAGCUUCGAGGAGAAGUGUCCAACUUACAGGCCGAGAAGCGAGUGUGGAAGUCUAUUGAGCAGCGUAUCACCAAGGAUAAUUCUGAGCUGAUGGAUGAGAAGACCAGACUGAACGGUGUUAUCGCCCAGAUGCAGGUUACCGAAUCUGAGCGGUCCAUGCAGGAGGGAGAGUCUCGGAAGCGACUUGUUUCACAGCUGGAGGCUCUGGAACAGAGCAAGAGUUCCACAGAAAAGCAGCUGGAGGAGGCCCGAGGAGAGCUCAAAAAGGUGUCUGAUCGACGAGACAUUGAGCAGGUGCAGUACCAGGAGCGAGUCGAUGCCCUCAACAAGGAGACUGGAGUUGCUCGGGAGCAUCUUGCCGUCGCCAAGGCCGAAGUUUCUUCUCUCAAGGAGCGGAACGCUUCUCUGGAGAGCCAGGUGAUAUCGUUGACUCAACAGGUUGCUGUCCUUCAGCAACAGAAUGAGGGCGAUGAGGCUACCCAGCUUGGUCGACUCAAGAGUGAGCUUGUUUCUGCCCAGAACGAGCUGUCUACUGCCAAAUCCGAGCUUGCUGCUGCCAACGCUCAGGUUGAACAGUUCAAGGGGCUUGCUCAGGCUGCCGAGGAAGGUCUGGACAACAUGGUGGCUUCUCAUGACGAGUACAAGAAGUCGAUUGAGGCACAGUUGGAGACCCAAACAAAGUCUGUGGCUGGUCUGGAGGAGCAGAACAAGGUGCUCUCCGAGGAGCUCAAGCUUGCACAAGGCGAGAUUGAUGUGUUGCAACGACAGGAGGGAGAGCACAUCAGUGCUGUUGUCAACGAGAAGAAGGCUCUGCUAUCACAGAUUGAGUCUCUUAAGGCAGAGACUUCCACUCUGUCUUCUCAGACUGCCGAGUUGAAGAACCAGCUUCAGGAGACCGCCGUCAACUGUGCCACUUACCAGUCCAACUAUGAGACUGAACUGGUAAAGCAUGCCGAGGCUGCCAACUCUCUCACUGCCCUUCGAUCUCAAUUCAAUGAGGUCAAGACCCAAAUUGCGGUGUCUGCUGCUGAAGCUAAGUCUGCCAAGGACCAGCUUGAGUCUGCUUCCGACUCCUGGGAGACUCAGAAGACUGCUCUCGAGGGGGAGGUUGCCAAGCUGAAGUCUCGAGUCGACGAUGUUAUUUCUCAGAACAAUCUUCUUCUGGACAGUCUCGAGACCCGAAAGUCUGGAGGGGACACUUCUGGAGAAUCCACCACUACUAAUACUGACGUUGUCACUUACUUGCGUCAGGAGAAGGAGAUCAUUGAGACCCAGCAUGAGCUGGCUAUCCAGGAGAACAAGCGUCUCCAGGCUCGACUAGAUCACGUGAGUGUUUCUCUCGAUGAGGCUCGUUCUGAUCUGGAGCGACUCAAGGCCUCUAUUAAUGAUGGAGCCAAGUCCGAGAGUGCUCGUCAGGAGCUUGCCGACAAAAUGGAACAGCUCAGUGUGUUCCGAGAGUCCAACAAAACCCUUCGAAUGGAAUGCGAGGCUUCCAACAAGGAGGUUUCACGUCUCCAGGCUACCAUUUCCACUCUGGAGGCCAACUUGGAGCCGUUUGAGAACCAGCUGAGUGACCGUGAGGCCGAGAUUGAGGCUCAGAAGGGCGAGAUCUCGCUGCUCAAGGAGGACAAUGAGCGGUGGAAGGCACGAACUCAGCAGAUUCUGCAGCGACACGAGCGUGUGGAUCCUGCCGAGCUCGAAAGCGCCAAGAAGGAUCUCAAGACUAAGGAGACAGAGCUCGAAAGUGCCAAGAAGGAUCUCGAGACCAAGGAGACGGAGCUUGAGGAGGUCAAGAAGACCCUCGAGGCGACCAAGUCUCGUCUUGACCGACUGAAGGAGGAGGCCAGCCGAAAGCUCAAGCAUGCCCAGCAGGCCAAGAACGCUGCUCAGCAGGAACUUGUGACUGCCCAGGCUGCGCUUGCUGAAGCUCAGAAGGCCGGAUCGGCUGGUUCCGAAGCCCACACAGCUGAGGUGGAGACUCUGCAACAGCAGGUUCAGAAGCUGACGGCUGACCUUGAACAGGCUACUGCCAAGGCCUACGAGACCCAGACCCAACUGGAUGCUGCCAAUGCGCAGGUUGCCGAGGGUCAAUCCAAGCUCGAGGCUGCUACUGCACAGAUCAACGAAUCGCAGUCCAAGUUGCAUGCUGCUUCUGCCGAACUUAACAAGGCCAAGGAGGAGGCUGCUACUACUGCAAGCGAGUUUGCCAGCUAUAAGACGAACGCCGAGUCCAAUACAAAUGCUGCAGAAGCUCCUACAGAGCCUGUUGUUCAGCAGCCUGUGGUCCAGCCCGCUCAGAGCGAGGACCUCAGCAAUGAACUCACUUCUGCUCGAGCUGAGAUUGAAGCUCUGAAGAAGGAGGUUGAUAGUGCUCGAUCUGCUGCUGCCACUGUUGCAGCCGAGGCUGCCACCACCAAGGAAAACGAUGGUGAAGGUACCACCACUACCGUAGUGGCAGACGCUUCCACCGAGACGGCUCCCACCGUGGCUACUUCCGCCGCCACCCAGGCGGAACUCGAGGCUAUGUCUCAGAAGAUUGCAGCUCUUGAGAAGGAGCUGGCCCAGAAGGAGGAGGAGCUUAAGAACGCUCCUGUUCCGGAAGCCGUCAAGGCCCAGAUUGUAUCUCUUGAGGAGAAGGUGACUCAGCUCGAGACGGAGAAGAAGACAGUUGAGACCGAACUUGCACAGGUUCGAGAGGAGCUCAAGCAGGCCCAGGAGACUGCUACCAAGACGUCUGUCGAAGGCGCUCCUCAGUCUCCUCCUUCUGACGAGGCCUACAGACUGCAAGUAAAGGAGGAGCUGUUGGCUUCGAUCCAGAAGGAUCAUGAGGAGGAGAUCCAGAGACUGCGAGCCCAGUGGCAGGCCCCUCUGGACGACUGGAAGACUAGAAUCCGAAAGCAGGCCAACGACAAGGUCAAGGAGAAGAUCGACGCCAUCAACGCCGAGUGGAAGGGUAAGAUGGAUGCUCUGAGCACAGAGUGCGAGGAGAAGCUCAAACAAAAAGAUGCUGAGAUCAACCAGUCUAACCCCGAGUUUCAGGAGCGACUCAAGGCGGAGAUAGAGAGUGCUCGAAACUCAGAGCGAAAGAUGGCAGAGAUGCGUCAAAAGCUGCUCAGCAGUAAGGUGGCCAAGCUGGAGGCCGAACUCAAGAGCCAAUCCGAGGGCGGCUUGGCUGGUGUGCCCACUGCUCCUGCCUCCAGCAUCUCAGUUCCUGGUAUGGCUGCUCGACCCCAAAGCCGAAUUCCCGGCCCUACUAUUCGUGGAGGACGAGGUGGCCGAGGUGGACUUCUGCAGCCUCAGCGACCCAGCAUUGUGCGACCGGGAUCUAUUCCUGUGCCUGUGGCUGGUGUCAAUCCGUUCGUUCCUGGUUCUGUGCCUGGGUCCACCACUGCUCCUGCUGCUGAGUCUACUUUCAACAACUCUGGUGUUCCCCCUGGAGCUCCUACUGGUCCUGGAGGAGGAUCUGCCAAGCGGCCUCUUUCUGGAGAACAGCCUGAUGCUCAGAAGAAGCGCCGAGAUGAUUAG